AUGGUUGCCUGGGUUUUGACUCUCACUGCGACCUCGCAUUUUUUCAAUAUUCGUUGUUUUGUUCAACCUGGUGCUCGAUACACGACGCGCCCAGCAGGUUGUAGCCAUGUGCGCUACGCCGGUCCUGGAGUAGAGAUCUUAGCAGCAGCCAUCACCAAUGGCUUUACAGCGGUGGAAAAUGCAAACAAACUGCUGGAGUUUGGUGAUUUGCUUCAAAAGUGGUCGUCAGUGAUGCCCGGAGCAAAGUUGAUGCUCGAGGUCGGCAAAAGCAACGAAGCUGAAGUCUUGAAGCAUGUGGAAAAUCUACGCGAAAAGAUUGCGCAUGAAGUAGACAACAACAACACAAUUUCAGUUUUGGGGAUUAGUCAGAUGCGGCAAGCCACUAUUGGUACGAGGGUAGUAGAUGGUACCCCAUUCCAGAAGCUGAUGACAAAAGUUCUGGCUGUCAAUCGAUCAGGGUGCACGGCUGUGCAUGCUGAGCCCGGGGUGGGCAAGUCCAUCGCAUCAUUGAGGGCACUGCCAGCUGGCAGAGUGUCCAAGAACUACACAGUGCUGCUUGAUGGUGGCUUUCGCGCAGAAAUGAUGAGAUUCUUCAGGGUCGCCAGCUUCGACUUGGUUGUUGGCGUUGCCCGCAUGGUUUUUCCCGCCCUAAUGGAAGCUGGUGUAAGCAUGAACAUGAUUUUUGACAACGGCGUCGAAGACGAUGAAGACUUCCAUAAGUCGAAGACUGAGUGGAGGUCUUUGCUGAAAGCAGCCUACGAGUCUGGUCAUCACUUGAUUGUCGUAACUCAGUCAGAAGCCUUAGCAAUGAAGAUUGGCAAGCUGAAUGGUGAGAGAUCGCGAGUAUCCGCAGAACAAGAAGGGCCGGAAAAAUACAGGUGGGCAAAGGAACAGGCGCGUGAAUACUUGGGCUAUUUGCUGGAAGCUCGGAACAUCCCACCUGAAGCAGUCGAUGUGGACAAGUUUCUUUCAAGCUGCUCGAUGCCAGAUGUUUAUGGGGGAUGGAAGCCAAUAGCAAUGAGCAACUACUUGGACUUUAACGAAGCGCCAGUGGUACUGCGCCCAGACGCUUAUGGCAUGCUGUCAACUGCACGCAGCGUUAGCUUCGCUAUCGUUGAGUUCUUGGCCGCGCUGGGUGAGAUUGAGCCGACGGGCAAUGCCGCCUUCAAAGUGAAAGGAGCAUUGGCUGACGUGGAUGACCUGAAGGAAGCUAUCAAGAAGAAGAAGCCAAAUCGAGUGACGUGCGAUGCAGAUGAAAUUGUCAUUCACAGCCAGAAGGAGAGCUUUUCAUGUCAAACUCUCCCACCUAGGCCUCCCCGUGCGGUGUCUCAGCGUGACUUUGCAGGAUGGUAA